AUGGAUCAGGGGGACGGACAGAAGGAGCAGCAGGGGGUUUCCUUGGCAGUAGAUCUGCAGGUUACAUCUUCAGAAGAGGACAGUGAGGGGCUCGGAGAGGGGUCGAAUAAGAGUGAGGGGGAGGUGGGUCCCUCAGACCCGCGGUUCUGGCUGCUCUGCCUGUCUGAUAUGCGCUGGCUGCGGAAUCAAGUUGUGGCCCCUCUGACGGAGGAGCUGGUGUUCCGUGCCUGCAUGCUGCCCAUGCUGGCUCCCUGCGCUGGGCUGAGCCUGGCCAUCUUCACCUGCCCGCUCUUCUUCGGAGUCGCUCACUUCCACCAUGUCAUCGAGCUGCUGCGAUUCAGACAGGGGACCGUAGGGGGCAUCAUCCUGUCCGCAGUGUUUCAGUUCUCGUACACGGCUGUGUUUGGGACAUACACAGCUUUCGUCUUCGUCCGGACAGGCCACUUGAUGGGGCCGGUGCUGUGCCACUCGUUCUGUAACUACAUGGGCUUCCCUGCCCUGAGCCCCGCGCUGGAGCACCCCCAGAGAGCUACCAUCGUCACCUGCUACCUGCUGGGUGUGCUGCUGUUCCUGCUGCUGCUCUUCCCCAUGACGGAGCCUCUGUUCUACGGGAGCGUGCCACUGUGCAGCCUGGCCAGGACUGCCCAUGGGGGGGCCUCGCUGUGCUCCUGACCCCUGCCACUGAACAACCCCCCCCCGCCUCCCCCAGGACAGCGCAGCAGCUUCCUCUAUCUGUGUUUAUUCACGCCUGUGAGGGUCAGGUAUGCAGCAUGGGUUCCCAGUGCGAGUCCUUAACGAUUCACCUCCGCUUCUCACCGAAGUCUCAAAUCGCCAGUUUCGUUUCUAGACGGUAGAUGUUUUGUCUGACGACAGCAAUGCAAGGAUGGGAAUUGGACUUCUGCUGCAGCCCCAUUCUUUGAUUACGGAUGUGAACCAAGGUUUCAGCAACGUUAUCACUGCCCCCUUUCUUCUGUUGAAGAUGUUUUGGCGGCUGGUACGCUGUGUUGAGGGAGCAGUUUGACUGUGGAGCUGGAUUUGGUUUCACACUCCUCUGCCCGCUACAAGAAUUCAGUUGCUUCUAUUUUAAAAUGGAUGAUAAUAUUGUAACAAUUCUUUGCAGGAUGCAUAACUUUACACAAUGAGAGUAUAUAUAUAUAUAUAGUUUAAAUAACCUUUUGUAUUCAAUGCUAGUGAAUAUUAAUCUAGCGGUCUCUAUCUGUCUGUCUAUGUACCACAAGUGUGCAGACAUCUAGUAUCAAAUACCUUUCAUAUUCCAUGCAGUGAAUCUGAAUCUGUCCCUAGAUGUACAUCAAGCCAGUAGUAAGACAUGAUUCUGUAGUUAAAAACUAACAGAGCAUAUCCCCAGACACUUAGACCUGCACACAUAUCUAGAGAACAGCUCAACCAAUAAUGGGGAUACUUGCUUAGGGCAUUCUUUAGCAUAACUUUUUUUUAAGUGUGCUUCAUUACAAUGCUGUGGUAUUUUACAGUAGAGCUCUGUACACCCUGUCUUCUUAUUACCUGCAUGCUGCUGUUUUGCACUGGGGAUCGAAGCCAUUUACUGCACAAUCUCAUGUGCACAAUCCAAGUCAUCUUAAGCGAUGCACACUGUGUGAUAGUUACUUUUUAAAACUCAUUACUUGCCAUGAGGGCAUAUUCACAUUUACAGUAAAAUAAAUAUAACCAAAUCUAUCUCAACCUGCAGAAAGCCAAACCCUAAUCUUUUCAAGUCAAAGUGAGAAUAAGCGUUACCUAGAACCUUUCCAAUGAACUCUCUUACUUUGACAGCAACACUGUCGUGUUCAUAAUGUAUUGCUUCUCUCCACUGCUUCCCCUGAUCCCGUGACUCUCCACUGCUUUACCGGAUCCCGCAAUUUCUUUUAGUCACAGGAAUUGUUCCUCUGAUU